AAUGGAUGCUUGUCUCAAACUCUCUUCAUGCCUCUCCUCGACGACUGCACCUCGGAAGUCGAAGACGAAUUCGACCGAAUCUCAGAUGACAUCGACUAUACAGCGAUCAACGAACACGAAUGGGACAUUUACGAGUCACAAGCUCCUCCUCCUUCCAUUCCUGUACUUUCUCGAUCAAAUUCAACAUCAUACAGCGACGACGAUGAUUAUGGCAAUCAGGAUGAGCAGUUUUUCGCAGAGCUGGAUGAAUUGGAGAGAAAGGAGCGAGAGACGAAAUCUGAGAGCCACACCUCGUUGACGAACUUUGAAGAAGAGCUGUGUUGUCCUAUAUGCUUUGAACUCGUUGUUUACGCACACGCAGUAAACCCAUGCGGACAUACAUUAUGUGGUUCUUGUGGAGCUUCUUGGUUUCUUGAUAACAAAAAAUCCUCAUGUCCAAUGUGUCGUUCACAAGCUGAACCUCACCGGCCGAUGAUACCGAAUGUAGCGGUCGAUGGGAUCGUUCGGAAAUAUAUAAACAUGAACAUGAACAUGAUGGAUGACGAUGAAAAACUGCAAAAGGAUUUCAAUGCCAGAGAAUGGAAAUGGAAACUCAACGAAAGACGGGUGAAGGAUGAGUUUGAACGACGGUCUCGGAUUCUUAGUGCUCCUACUUUCGAGGGUCCCUUGACCUGGUGGAUGAGAGUGAAUCGUGAUCAGUAAUAAUAGAUAGUAUGUAGGUAUAUGCUCGACGUCAUCAACAACGCGUCCAGCACGCUUUUUUAAUGCUUCUAUCGAUACUUUAAAUAUUAAUAUCUCCAACCUUGGGCCGUUCCCCCCCCCUCAAACCAUGGCGAUAACGUUCACUCCUUCCAUAUGCGAGUCGUUGUCCAUCCCAGUCUCUUCCUGGGACAUCCACCACACAGGUGGAUAUGUCCAAGUCAAGUUUCGAGCGACACUUGACGUGAAAGAGUUUCAGCGACUCGGACUCGGGCUUGGGAGUAAACUCCAAGUGUGGUCGGAUUUCUCCUCUGAUGGAGGCGAGUGGAGCGAGAUGGACUUUGAGGUGGAUGACCAAGACGGAAAUUUAUCUUGUGUGUUCAACGUCCCAUUCCCACUCUUGGCCACGAGAGACUUUUCGUUUUCGUUCACCUAUCGGAUUUCUCAUCAUCAUCAUCAUGCCUCACCACCAUGGGUCGAAUGGCUCGGUUCGUACGCGCAAAACGGGGUUGUGAGAAUCUAUCUUGAGGAGGAAAACGACUCCCAGGCCUUGUCGCCAGUUCCGGCGUUGGUGUUGGGCCAGGGGUGGCUUCCUUCGUCCUCUUCUAGAUCUUCAAGUUUGUCGUGCUCUUCUAGACAAGCUUUGACGGUAAAAGACACCGAGGGAAAGUGGCGGUUGGUGUUGGCUGUUGGGAGAGAUGGCUAUUCCACAUCAACUACGAAGGGAGAAGCUUCGAUGUCAUUCCUAGUACCAACACGCGACGAUAGAGACUCGAGGUCUCUAUUGAUUCGUCCACAAAUACAGCUGCUUGCAGUUGCCGCAGGCCCCGAAUCUGCCCUCCUCUUUUCACACAAUU